GCUCCAUUUUCUUCCCUUCCCUCCCCUAUUUUUCCCUUCCCUCCCCCUUUUUUUUCCCUCUCUCCCGCUCCGCGCAGGCCCGGGCCGCGGCUGCCGUAGCAACGCGGAGGACGCCGGAGCCCGAGGGCCGGAGCCUGAGGGCCGGAGCCCGGCCAUGCCCUUCACGGAGCGCGGCUACUACCCGCCGGCGGCCGGGGGAGCCGGGCCGCCGCCGUUCGCCGCCUUCCAGUUCCGCGGCCGCCUUGAGGGCCCGGACUGGCGUCGCCUGAGCGCCGUGGACGUGGACCGGGUGUGCCGGGAGGGCGACGUGGCGGCCCUGCAGGAGCACCUGGAGCACGUCACCUUCUGCAGCGCCGAGCGGGAGCGCUGCCCGCACUGCCAGGCGCCCGCCGACCCGCUGCUGCUCAAGCUGCUGCGCCUGGCCCAGCUGUGCACCGAGUACCUGCUGCACUCGCAGGAGUACCUCAGCGCCCAGCUCGGGGGGCUGGAGGAGGCCCUGCGGGAGGCCCGGGCCCAGAGGGACCAGCUGGGCGAGGAGGUGGCCCGCCGCACCCAGGAGGUCAAGGGGCUCAAGGAGGAGUGCCGGCGGAGGAAGAAGAUGAUCAGUACCCAGCAGAUGAUGCUGGAGGCCCGAGCCAGCUACCACCAGUGUCAAUUCUGUGAAAAGGCUUUUAUGAACUAUUCCUUUUUACAAAGUCACAUGCAGAGGCGUCAUCCGGAAGAAUCUCAGAUCGCAGAACAAAAGAGGAAAGCUAAGACAGACAAACUGCAGGAUGAGAUUGAUAAACUGAAGGAGCAGUUGCAGCUCACCAAGUCCCAGUUAGAGGCUGAGCAGCAAGCUAAUAUGGUCAGGUUUUCUAAGGAAUGUGAACAGCAAAAAUCAAAAGAAGAAGAAAUUCUCAAGUCAUUUCAUAAAUGGAAAGAAGAAGAAAAAGCAAAAUUAGCUGAUGAAAUAGAAAAAGUGAAAGAGAUGUUUAUGAAAGAGCUUAAGGAGUUAUCUUCAAGAAAUUCAACACUAGAAAAUCAACUGUUAGCGUUACAAACAUCCAAUAUGCAACAGAAGUCCAACUUAGGGACAUUGAAAGACUGCCAAGAAUUUGUAGAAGAGAAGACUCAGAGUCCUCAGGAUUAUUACAAAGUGGUUAAACUUCUUGAAAAACAGGAAAGUAAAUGGACGUCUAGAAUACAAGCCCUUCGUCAGGACCAUGAGACAGAAAAAUCCCUGCUACUGUCACAGAUUGAGAAGCUUAAAUCAUCAGUGAGAGAAGACCUGAAUAAAAAUAAUACCUUUUACAAAAGGAGGAUAGAAGAAUUGGGGCAGAGGCUUCAGGAGCAGAAUGAUCUGAUAAUUACUCAGAAGAAGCAGAUAAAAGAAUUGUCCACAAAAUCAGUUGCAAGCAUCAAGCCAUAUGAUGCAAACACUGCUGUUGAGCGUCUUGAAGAAUCGAAGUCAAGUCUACCAGUGAUGCAUGAGCAGGCCCCCUUGGUACAUAUGCUGGAGCCCAUAGAGGAGCUUUCAGAAGAGGAAAAAGAAAAUGAGAAAGGUGAUCAUAAAGCAGGUAGAAGUAACCAACAUUUAAUAAAUGCUUUGAAGACGGAUCCUUCUUUAACUAAAGAAUUAAGAGUUGUUUUGGAGCAAGCCCUGGAGGAGAAGCUGGAAUCCUUAGGAAUUAAAGCAGGUGUUCGUGGUAUCCCAAAUGAUCGUUUAAAUAAAAUUUUGCGUGCUGUUGAAUCUGCUAGAGAACACAAACGGAAGCAAGAGCCUGACAUACAACAAAUUCGAGAAUAUCUUGAACGCCAAGUCAGCUUUAGGAUUGAAGAGAAAUCAUCAUGUAAUAGAACUGUUUCCAGUCUUCAUCUUCCUCCAGAAGGUAAACAGAAGUUCAAUCAAUUGGGAAUUUCCUCAUCUGCCAUACCACAAAAAACAGUAAAACGGUCUUCAACAGCUGUCCGCCCAGCUGAACAAAGAGCAGCCAUCACUGAGAAUACAUCUACACCAAAAUCCACGAAGCUUUUUGGAAAUGGUUCUUCCAGAAAGACGUCUAGUAUCACAACUCCACCGUUCAGUUCAGAGGAAGAAGCAGAUGAAGAUGACAUAAAACAGUUGUACAUAUCAUCAGAAUUAUUGGAAAAGCAGUCAAAAUCAUCAGCCAGCAAAGGCAACGCUUUACAGAUGGCUUCUGACAAAAGUGAUAUGGGUGGGGCAGAGGAAAGUGAAAUUGAAGAAAUUGAAACACCUGCCAAAACCUCAAAAGGAACUGUUAUUCAAAAACUGACUGAACAAGUUGGAAAGAGUCUUUCUAACCAUGGAAACAAGAGCAAACCAGCUGGAGGGGUUAAUGUCGCACAAGCCUUCAUUAAGAAAGAAGAGGUGCAAGAACCAAAGUUCACAGAAGUAGAUGAAGAUGACUGGGAUAUAUCAUCUAUAGAAGAAGACUUUUUAUUGAUGAAAAAUGAUAGUGGUCAGAAGGCAGUGACAGCUCAGAAAAAUGAGUCAAAUGCUGCAUCUGUUGUACACGCCUGGGGUCUUCCGAAGAAGAGUGUACCAAAAGAGGAAGGCCUUCAUGAAGCUGAUAAUACAAGCACAUUAAAAAGCAGCUUGGUCACUGUUACAGAUUGGAGUGAUUCUUCAGAUAUUUAAUUGCUGUAUUCCUGAUGGGGGGCACUGCUUUUGGGUUCUGUUGGGGUUGAAAGCGUAGUUGAAAACAUUGUGUUUCCUAUUCAUUUCUCAUAUUGUUCAUGUAAAAACAAGGAAUACUGUGUACAGAGCUCUUGGGUCUUUCAGUCCUGAAUUUGAACAAGAACUUCCAUAUACACGUCACUUGCCGUCACUACUUGGAAACUGAGGAUUAAUUCUUCUUUCUUGUGAAAUCUAUGGUGAAAAUCUUUUUGAUUUCAUUAAGGUGAAGAUUUUGCCUCUAAUCUUUAUUUUAAAGACUGAACCUGGUCUUCUAAGAAAGCCUGUUCACUAGUGAACAGAAUUUACUGCAAAAUAUUACUUUAUAAGAUUUUUAAAUGCAUAUUUUCUUGUAUUUUAUCAUAAACUUUAUAGAAAAUUGUGAACAGUGUAAAUACAGUAUUUCCAUGUAUUCAAAUGUUAAGUUUUUAACAUGGUUUACAGUAAACACCAAAAGA